AAAGGCACAGCAGCAUCAAAAGACACAAUGCCCUCCACGUUCCCUUGAGAGCUUGGCCUUCAUUAGAGAGCGACCUGGUGCUUCCAUUCCUAUCUUUGGAAUUUCCUAGACAUAAUAACAAUACUCACCACCCGGAGCGGACGAGGAAGCAAAACCAGUGCAUGCAUGAGUCUCUCCGGUGCUGUGGGAUGGUGGGACGAGUGGCAGCUGCGCAUCCUCGUCCUCGCCAGCCUCUUCAUGCAGUACCUCCUCUACCUCUGUGUAUGGCUGCGCAGAUCUCCUUCCAUGUCUAGGAUGAGAGUGCUGGUGUGGAUCGUUUACAUAGGCAGCGAUGCCGUGGCGAUCUACGCCCUCGCAACCCUCUUCAACCGCCAGAAGCAGACAUUGGAUGGGGGGAGCACCGCCCUGGAGGUUCUAUGGGCGCCUGUCCUCCUCAUCCACCUCGGCGGCCAGCCAUUCAUAAGUGCCUACAGCCUCGAAGACAAUGAGCUAUGGAAACGGCAUACCAUAACCCUGGUGUCUCAGGUCACGGUUGCCUUGUACGUCUUCUGCAAGUGGUGGUCGGGCGAGAAGAGGUUGCUGGCAGCAGGGGUCUUACUCUUUCUAUUUGGCAUCCUCAAAUUCGCCCAGAAGCCAUGGGCCCUCAGGACCGCCAGCUUUAACAGCAUGCCGGCUUCGCUUCAAGUGGAACAUAAAGGGCGGACAUAUUCGCUUGAAGAAUAUGUACAAGAUGCAAAGAAAUGUCUACUGGACACGGAGAUGUCCGGGGGAAGGUAUGGGCUUAGAUCACUAAGCAAUUAUAUGUUUGUUGAUCGGUCUGUUCCAUACUCUCUUCGGAUUAAAGUCCUGUCAGGAUUUAUGCAUAGUAAAUAUGAGUAUGAAUACAAAGAGUUGCGGUCUAGGCUUGGAGAUACAUUCAGUAUGCUGUACACCAGAGUACAAUCCUUUGGCACUAUAUAUGGGUCCGGCUUCAUGUUUUUUCUUCCAUUCCUGGCCUUAUCUUCUAUAGUGCUUUUGGCCACGAGCCGCAAGGAUGGCCACGAGGAGAAGGACAUCACGGUGACAUACAUCCUAUUCUGUUUCACCGCCAUGCUGGAGUUCCUGCUUCCCUGCAUGGUUUUGUCCUACAUGAUUUUGGCCCAGUGCAUUUCAUCUUUCAGUGCGGGGUUCCUUAUGAAGCAUUUUGAAGGGUGGCACGACAUGGUAUCUCAGUGCAACAUCAUGUCCUUCUGUGUUCGCAAGAAGAAGCCCACAUUCUUGAUGAAGCUUGCUGCCUUCAACUUUCUAAGGGAGUUUGUCAACCAACAUUGGUAUAUUAAAAAAGAAGCUAGAGCCUACCAAAUCACGGGGGUGGUUCGCCAGCACGUGGAAGAUGGCUGGAAGAAUUACAUAUGUGGCGCCGAAAGUUACAGGAAAUUCAAUGAGCUUCGAGGCCAGUGGGCUCUAAGAAGACACAAGCAAAUAGGGUGGAGCUUGAAGAUGAAUUUCGACAAGAGCGUCCUCCUCUGGCACAUUGCCACGGACCUCUGCUUUUACCACCCCAACACAUCCCAUCAAUGUCGUCAACAAGCAGAAGCCACAUUGCGCAGCAGGGAGAUAUCCAACUAUAUGAUCUACCUGCUUCUCAUCCGUCCUGAGAUGCUAAUGCUCGGCAGUAGAUCGGAUCUCUUCACCAUGGCCAGCAACCAAAUUGGCAAGGACAUGACAGAAGAAAUUCUUGCAGGGGAGAUUCUUAGCAUGCCCCCAUCUUCAGAUAAUAUGAUUUCCGACGCACGUAGGCUCGCCCAAGAACUGAUGGUGCUGGAUAGUGAGGAAGAUAGGUGGAUAGUGAUCCAAGGUGUGUGGGUUGAGAUGCUCUGCUAUUCCGCCAGCAGGUGCAGGGGGUACCUACAUGCCAAGAGCUUGGGUGAUGGCGGGGAGUGUCUCACCACUAUCUGGCUCCUCUUGGCGGUGAUGGGGAUGGAGACCUUGGCGGACAGGAAUCACAGGCCAAAGUUUCAGGACGAAGAAGAGAAAGUAGAAGAAAUAGAAUUAGAAGAAGCACUUCCCGUCAACAAGAAGGAUGAGAAGAAGAAUCACAUACUUCCUUCCUGUUCCCAAGGCAGAGCCGGUCACCCCGCUCACGACGACCGCCUAGUCUAAGAGACGGGCUUGUGGAAAUCACCGAUACCAACGCCAGCCUUGGGGAAGGCAUUCCUCGACAGAUGGUGUUGGUGCUACCGGUGGAAGACUUGUGUUGAUUGCUUACUGUCGCGUGUUUGACUGUCUGUGUAGCCCUCUAGUGCUCCUGUUCUUGAGCUGAAUAAAAGCCAUGUUACAGCGUGUUGUCAGUGUGUAAGAUUGGAUUUGGUGUGAG